AUGUCGGACGAAGUAUCUCAGUUCCUCGAGCAGGUCGAGCGCCUGCGCGGGCAGCAGAUUGAAGAUGAGGAGAUGCGAGCCCGAGAGCGGGAGGAGUUUCUCGCCGCGAAACGAGAGCGCCAGGCCAGGAGAGAGGAACGCGCCAGAUCAAUCUCUCCGCAGAAAUCAUCACCAGCCAACACGCCGUCUCCCCGCACACUUCGACGGACCGUCAACCUCUCCGAAUCCCUCAGACUCGACUCUCCUGCCGGCGAGGCUAUAGAAAAGCUGCGCGAGAGGCCGGCCGAAUCGGAAAAGCCCCUGGGAACGGACGUACCAUCCGAUGCAAUGCUGUACUCUACCUCAGCAACGAAAGAGAACGAGGCCCCUGAGGAUCUCGACGCGAGGCGGGGCGAUGCCGCGACUGGCUCUCGAGGCUCAACACUCGCCUGGCAGCGGCGGACGAAUCGAUCCAAUAGCCGUCCGCUGAGCGUUUAUGCGGCCCAGAGUGCUGCCCAGAGCGCGACGAGCAAGCCAUUUGCUGACGCCCAAGAGCCCCACGAGCCGCCUUCCCCUACGCAACCUCUUUCCAAGGAUCAAAUCGCCAAGACCCUUGCAUUAAAGGAUGCAUCGUGGUUCCGCCAAACUGCUGAUCGAGGCGCAGACUCUGCAGCGUAUAGGAAGAACCAGGUUGAAGACGAAGACCGGCUCGAUAUGUCAAGUCUCAGCUCACAGCUGCCUGGCAUGACCAGCGAAAAUUCAUCUGAACGCCCUGUUUCGCGGGGUAGUGAGAAUGUCUUCAACAAGAUUUCAGCUCCCUUCACCCUAAACCCACUUGGCUUUGACAAUCCUUCUGCCGAAAAACCUCAGGCGGAACCUGUUGCUUCAACGCCUACUGGCCGUUCCUCCCCAGCACGCACAACGUCUCCAACCAAGGGCAUGGGAGGAUUUGUGCAGAGCGCAAUGAUGAAGAGGAGCGAUAGUGUAAAGCGAUGGUCCGUUGCAAGCCCGCCUGCAUUGACUCGCCCUGAGAACACGAGUACGCAUCGCGGCUCCGUUGACAGGACCCUGGCGAGACCGCAGAGCAUGUUUAUUCGCGACCCGACAACGACUACAACGACGCCGGGGACAAGCAGAUCAGCUUCUCGGCCGUCGUCUCGUCCAGCCUCUCGGCAUGGGGGAGAAGAAUCCGCAUUUGAGAGACGCCCCAAGACACCAUCAUCGAGCAGCCCACCUCCGUUCCAAAAAACUGGGUUUCCUGAGGACGCAUCCCUCCCAGUUAGUCCCUCUAAGACAAUGGAACCUAGACGCUGGAGCCCUACGAAGUCGAGUUGGCUCGAGAGUGCGCUCAACAAACCAGAUUCGCCAAAGUUACCUCCUAAGCCGGCCUCUUCGCAACAGCCAGCAUGGAUGGUAGAGCUCAAUAAGAAUAAAACAGGGCGUGGCAAUCCCACUCCGGAGCCAGCUCGGCCCUCUCACAAGCACCAAGUUAGUAUCGAUGGACUUAUGAGGUCCACGCCAAUGGGAUCGAGGCUGAACCUCAACACAACUGGCUUGGGAGGCAUCUACUCGCCUCCUGGCACGCAAUCUGCGCAUCCAAAUCGUGCAUCGAUGCAGAGCUUUCCUCCGGCGGCGGACCGGCCGAGAUCAAAGUCGAGAGGUGCUGUUGCCGACGCGAGGGAUGAAAUGGAGGCGGCGGCGGAACGGCCAAGAUCAAAAUCGAGGGGUGCUUUUGCCGAUGUGAGGGAUGAAGUGGUAGUGGAGCGGCCUAGAUCAAAGUCGAGAGGUGCUUUCGCCGAAGUGAGAGAGGAAGUGUUGGAACGGCCAAGAUCAAAGUCGAGAGGUGCUUUCGCCGACGUGAGAGACGACGUGAGGGAAAAGCGAUCAGAAUCUCUCAGCUCAGUGGUCAACCCACUGGCGGCCCGGGCCAAACCUGAAGCUCCACCAAAGAAAGACUUGGAUUUCCGCUCCAAUCUGAGGCCACGAGCUGCCGAGGCCCCGGUGCCCAAGACGCAGGAACCAGAGUUCAAGGCUGUCUUUGGCACUCUCCGUAGGACUAAAACCCAGAAUUUCAAGGCACCAGACGAGCUAAAGGACAACAUUCUCCGAGGCAAGGCGGCUCUCAACACGACUGACGGCCCGCAGAAGUCUACGAUUCGGGAUGAUUUCAAGGACGCUAUACAGAAAAAGAGAGACGACUUUAAGAAGGCCCAAUCUGAAGGAAAGGGAAUCGCCGCCAACACGAUUACGAAGCCCAAGCCUCUUCUCCCCGAAGCGCUCUCCCUCAGGGCUGAGCUGGGAAAGCCGACAGGCGGGCUGCAGCAAAAUGUCCCCUCGGAGACGCGAACUCCAUCCGGUCAGUCGAUUAAGUCCGAUUCACCAAAACCAACUCCUCCACAGAGAAAGUCAAGUCAAGUGAACUUGGCUAGACAGUCUAGCCCAUCAUUGACUCCCACGGAGGACCCCUUAACUGAGAGACCCAGGCUAGACAAAGCGGAAACCGAUACGCCAACGAAAAUCGAACACUCCCCUAUCUCCCCCGGACUUUUGAAGAAGAAGAGCGCUCCGUCCAAGCUUGGCGGCCUCGCCGGACGUUUCAACCCUGCGCUUGCCGGUAUGCUAGCAAGAGGACCGCCUCCCGCAGCUCUCAAUGGCGGUAAUCGAGCCGAACAACCAGGAUCAACUGGUGGAGAUCCCCAGCCUUCACAACCAGGUCCUCAGUUGACGCACAUGACUAAGGGUCGAGCGCGUGGCCCUAGGAGAAAGGCCCCAUCCAAUGUGAGCAACACUACUACCACUACCACCUCCACCAAUGUCCAGACAGAAUCGCCUUUGGCAAGCCGGCAACCUGCCACUCUUGGGAAGCAGAGCCUUCCUUCACCUUUUGAAGCGAAGAAGCCAGUGCCACUGCCAGCCCAAGAUCGAGUGGCUACAAAGCCUGAUGUACCAAGCAAACCAAGACAAGUUGAGCCGAAGAAGAUGGAAGUUGAGAGCCGACCUGUGGAGCACGUGGCCCCCUUGAACUUCCGCAGACGUAUGACACAACCUGAGAUCCCAGUCCAGGACAUUUCGACACAACCCGAGGCAGAGUCGCCAAAGAAGCUCGACAUGAAGCGUGUGUCACAAUUCUUUGAGCAGGGCAACAAUACGGCGACACCUGAACCUCCCAAGCAGCCAAAGAAGCUUUCGCCUCAGAAGACUGGCACAUGGGAGCCUGUCAAGGCCGCUACUCCUGUGUCUGAGCCUGCCAAGGAGCCAAUCAAGUUGACUCAGCAAAGGACUGGCGGUGGAUGGUCUCCGGUGAAGAAGACUGAGCGUUCGCUUCCUGAUCCUCGAUCGUCUACACCGAACCUUUUUAGCGAGACAAAGCCCGCGUUUGUCAAACCUGCACCAGAGCCAGUCUCUGCUGCUGUGAAAGCUCCAUUACCAGGCCCCAAGCCACCCGCUUUCAAUAUGCCACCAAAGGAGAUUGAGACUCGUCAGCUGCCUCAGUUACAGGCUGAGCCAGUACCGCCGUCACCUGCACGACCACAGACGGGCCACGGUAGCGAUGUAUCAGCCAUACUCCAUGAUUUCUUUGCUGCUCCGUAUAAGCGAAUUCCGUGCGAUAUGGAUCCCGCCGAUAUCCUCACAAACUACCCAAGAUUCGGUGCAAAGAUCAAGACUUUGUCGUUCCACAUGUUCCAGAUUGAUGGCAGCGGCAAACAAACCAUCGUUCCCGCUCACCGUGAACGAGUUCUGUUCGAACAAGAGAUGUACGUUGCCGGACACAACUUUACCAACGAAGCGGGAUGGAAAGUGCGUGAGGUUUAUUUCUGGAUCGGCGACGAAGUUGCGGAUGCGGAUGAAGACGCAGCAGAGGCUGUGGCACAACAAGAGGCAAGGCAAUUGGGCGGUAAGCUCAUCAAGAUUAGACAAGGCAAGGAGACAUCAGAGUUUUUGCAGGCUCUUGGCGGUGUGGCUACAAUUCGAAGAGGUGGAAGCACCAGAUAUGACUCACUCGCUCCGGCCAUGCUCUGUGGCCGACGAUACCAGGGUCAAGUGGCAUUUGACGAGGUUGACAUGACUACAGGCAGCCUCUGUGCUGGAUUUGCCUAUCUGAUUGCUCACUCCGGCAAUUGCUAUUUGUGGAAAGGCAAGGGAAGCGAUGUUGACGAGCUCGGCUGCGCACGUCUCAUUGGUAUGGACUUGACGUUGACUGGACAGUUGAUUGAAUAUGACGAGGGUGACGAGCCUGAUUCCUUCUGGGACAUGUUGGAAGGGCCAUCCAAGCCUCACUCUGCGGAUCACUGGAGACUGAAGCCUAGUUAUGGGAAGUACAACAGCAGACUCUUUUGCUCCGACGCAGAGUCUAGACAACAGAUCUAUGAGAUCAGCCCAUUUAACCAGGCCGACAUGUCGACAUUCAACAUCUACAUCCUCGACGCCUUCUUUGAGAUGUACAUCAUUGUUGGCUCACAGGCGCAGUCCGAGUAUGCCUCCUUCCGCAAUGCCCUCGACUUUGCUCAGGAAUACGCUGUCUUGGCAGCGAGCAUGGAGGAUCGGCCCUUUAUUCCCAUCUCGACUGUCGUCCUUGAGGGUGUGCCCCGUGACUUGAAGCGAGUAUUCCGCAAGUGGACUGACGAGCGAUGCCCGACGCUCUUGCAGGUUCCUUCUGGUGAAUCUGGUUUGAAGAGAGGUCGGAGUCUCCGAGUUGUGCCUCUUACUCAAGCAAUCUUGGCUUUGAAGGAGUAA